GGUGGUAUUGCCAUGUUACUCCUGCUCUCCCUAAACCCUAAGCUCAAAGCCAUCUUUCCUCAAAAGGCAAAUAAUUGUCAACACUGGCUGCUUCCGCUAUUCAUGAUGCACUAGGCUCAAUCAUUCAAUCGAUUCACUAUAGUGAGUUAGUGACCUCUGCUCGUAAUUGUCUGUUCCUCUUGAAAGCAAUGGCUCCUCUUCCGGCCGCCGGCGCGGCGGGGCGCAUCAUCCUGGCGCACGGCGCGUGCCACGGCGGGUGGUGCUGGUACAAGGUCGCCGCGCUGCUCCGCGCCGCGGGGCACCGCGUGGACGCGCCGGACCUCGGCGCGGCCGGUCAGCGAGGCCUGGGCGUGGGCGGCGCGCCGGCGUCGUCGUUCGCGGACCACGCGCGCCCGCUGCUCGACGCCGUCCGCGCGCUCCCCGACGGCGAGCGCGCCGUGCUGGUGGGCCACAGCUUCGGCGGCAUGAGCGUCGCGCUCGCCGCGGAGACGUUCCCGGACAAGGUCGCCGCCGCCGUGUUCGUCGCCGCCUUCCUGCCGGACUGCGCCAACCCACCCUCCCACCCCAUCGACACGUAUCAAGAAUCAGAUUGGAUGGACACCGUGAUCGAUCCAAGCCACGUCCCACCUUCCAUCCUGUUCGGGCCGGAGUUCCUGAAGAAGAAGCUCUACCAGCUAAGCUCACCGGAAGAUUACACGCUUGCGAAGAGCUUGGUUCGAGCGAGCUCCUUGUACGUGGAUGAGCUGCGGCGGCGGGCGGCGUUCAGGGAGGACAGGUACGGCGCCGUGAGAAAGGUGUAUGUGGUGGUCGAGAAUGACAUGGCCAUCGUCCAGGAGCACCAGCGGUGGAUGGUCGCCAACGCCGAGGUGGCGGAGGUGAGGGUGAUGGACGCCGGCGACCACAUGGCCAUGCUCUCCGCGCCGGAGGAGCUGGCUGGGCACCUCGCCGACGUCGCCAACACAUACAUCUAAAAUUAAUGCGAUUGAUGGAGAAUUAGUUAAUUUGUUUUCUUUUGGAUGACAUUAUGGUGAAACUUGAUUUGGGUAUAGGAUUAGUACUAAGUAGGGUUAAUUGGAUCCAGCCAUUAUAAAUUUGUCUAUUUGAAAAUAUGACAUUACAAACACAUAUUGUAAAUAUUUACAAUAUUUUUAAUAUGUACAAUAGUUUUUUUA